AUGGACACUGUCUUGGAAGUUAGCAUCAAGUCCCAACAGUUUGGGACUUUUCUCAGCCUUGAUGGCACUGGCGUGAGCACUUCCAACGCCAACGGAGUUGGCGCCGCUGCCGCCCAGACAUACACCGGGCCAUGGGAGCAUCUCCAAAUCGAGAACCAUGCCAAUGGCACUUUUUCAAUCCUGUCGUCCAACUUUCCAGGAAGUUACCUCCGCCUUGACGGAAGCAACCUGAAGGCGCCCAAGUCAGAUGGUGGCGGUGUAGCCAAUUGCCAGUUCUACACUGCGGAGCCAGCCGGUGGCUACGAGGUCUUCAAAUUCCACAACCAGUCAGAUGGCUCCAAGACAAUUGAAAGCCUUGCGUUUCCAGGCGUGUUCCUCCGAAUGGAUGGUAAUUCGCAGAAGCGUUCGGAUGGGUUGAUCGGUGUCGUGAAUGGACAGUGGGGCGCUGGACCUUGGGAAAGGUUUAUUGUGACGGCUCUCUAG